GAACGUGCUCCUGUCAAAUCGUACUCUAUAUUCGAUAAAUAUAACCUAUAAAUCGACAUAUGUCCGGCGCGAUAGCAUUUAGCAACAGUAGCAAUUGAUAAAUUGCAACACAUUUAUAGAAAAUAACAAAACAGACAUAUUGAGAAUGUACGCUUAACUCGUGCGUUGUGUUUCUAAUCAUAUAAUCAAUUAAAAUUUACUAACGUGUUCACUAUGGACACACCAGUAUCAGCAUUCGCUGUCUAUACCGCUAAUAAAAAAGCAAAUAAAGAGAAAAAGGACAAAAAGAAGCACAAAAAGCUUGCCUUGUUAUCGGAAAAAAAUGUAUCAAAAGAAAUACCAAGAGAGGUCCAGGUGGAGAUAGCUAAAAAAUUAAAAAAGAAACUAGUAGUAUCAAAUGCUGUCAAGAAAAAGGCUCAUAAAAAGAAGAGAGCUAAAAAACAGAAUAUCGACUUACCACGUAAGAAAGAGAACUUAGAUAUUAAACAAGAUUCAGAGUCGUCAGGUGCUGAAGACAUUCCGAAACUUGUGAAGGCCAGGGAUCCUGUUUCUGAUUACAGCUCUGAUGAUUCACAAGAUGGUGUUUCCUUCCCAUUCUUGCCUGUUUACACAGACAGUGUCGAAGAAGGUCUCAAAGUGUUCAAAUGGAUGAUAGCACCUUACGAUCCUGAUGAAUUCCUCAACAAGGUAUGGGAGAACAAACCUUUACAUAUUUCUCGAAAGAAACCAAGAUAUUACAAAGAGAUUAUAUCUACACCAAUCAUAGACAAGAUGCUUCAUAAUGAGAAUAUCCAGUAUACCAAAAACAUAGACAUUACUUCUUAUGUGAAUAAUAAGAGGGAAACACAUAAUCCAGAAGGAAGAGCUUAUGCUCAUAGUGUUUGGGACUCCUAUCUUAAUGGAUGUAGCAUCCGGUUGCUAAAUCCUCAGACAUACAUACCAAAACUGCAUCUACUAAAUGCAACAUUACAAGAAUUCUUCAAUUCAUUUGUUGGUGCCAAUGCAUACCUCACACCGCCCGACAGCCAAGGAUUUGCCCCACAUUAUGAUGACAUUGAAGCCUUUAUAUUACAAGCGGAAGGCAAAAAACACUGGCGUAUUUAUAAACCUUUAGAUAAAAAUUCAGUCUUGCCUCGUGUUUCUUCAAAAAACUAUGAACAAGAAGAAAUUGGUGAACCGGUAAUGGAGGUCACGCUGCAGGCUGGUGAUAUGCUAUAUUUCCCUCGAGGAUACAUCCACCAAGGUGUUACUAUUGAUGGAGAACACUCUCUUCAUGUCACCAUCAGUAUGUACCAACAACAUUCCUGGGCAGAUUUGCUAUCAAAAAUGAUUCCAGCAGCUUUACAAAUAGCCAUAAAUGAAAAUGUUGAAUUCAGACGUGGUUUACCAUUUGAUUUAUAUGAUAACUUUGGUCUUGUAAAUUCAGAUGUGAACACUCCACGACGGGGGGAAAUAACAGACAUCAUCCAUACAUUGUUCAACCAGAUUAAAGAGCAUCUACCCAUUGACGAUUCUGUUGACCAGAUGCACAAAACGUUCCUACAUGCUGCGUUACCUCCAGUUUUAAAUGAUAGGGAAAAAGCUGUCACUGUAUUUGGGGAUACUGCUAUCAUGACAGAACAGGGCAAAGUUUUAUACAGAGUUGAAAUAAGUCUGGAUACAAGGAUAAGAUUACUGCGUAAAAACAUAUUAAGGAUGGUGUCCGAAGAAAAGAUUAGGCUGUACUAUUAUGUAGAAAACUCACUUGAGUACCACGGAAGUGAACUGCCGUACUUUGAGAUUGAAGAAGAAUUUGCCCCAGCUAUUGAAACACUUAUAGUUACUUAUCCACAAUAUGUAGCUGUAGAGAAUCUGGAUAUACCAAAUGAUUCAGAUAAGCUGCAGUUAGUUGACACUUUGUGGUCACGAGGCUUGGUUAUGAGUGAAUACCCUAUGGAAACUGUUGAUGAUUAAGAAUAAAGUAGAAUUUUGUCAAA